AUGUCAAGCUCAAAAACCGCCGAAUUGAAGAGGAAGAGGAGGAAGAGCAAUGUAGGAGGCAGGGUGAAGAAUGGGAGCAUUAAUCAAGAGCAAUUGACUCGGCUGGAAUGUAGUUUCGGAGAGAGUUCAAAAUUGGACUUUGAGAGGAAGCAAGGGCUGGCUUACGAGCUCAGUCUGGAUCCACGGCAAGUAGAAGUUUGGUUCCAGAACCGAAGGGCCCCCUGGUUCUGGGGAAGAGCCUUGGACAAACAAUACGUCAAACUAAAGAUGGAGCACAACUCCACUGUCGCCGAGAAGUGCCGCCUUGAAACAGAGAAACAAGUGGAAAAUAAAUCCGACAAGCCCAUGAAGAGCAAUUUUUGA